AAAAAUCAUGACUGUGGAAUUAAAGUCAAAUAUACCAGAAUCUAGGGUAUAUUUCUCAAAUCACAAGGCUAGUGAAGAGAGGAGAUAUAAAGGAAAGAAACCCACUGUGAAGUGUAGCUAUUGUGAUAAUGGUGGACAUACACGAGAUCAUUGCUGGAUUCUCCAUCCUAAACUAAGGCCCAAGCAUUGGAGGGACAGCAACAAGAGCUUCAUUAGAGGAGCACACAACUCAUCACCCAAGGCAAAUCAUACCAUGACCUCUCAUUCCGAGGAAGCACAGAUGUUCACCUCUAAUCCGGCCAUGCUGAUAAAUGAAUUUGCUGCCUUCCUUCACAAGAAACAAGGUGGUGGGGAGAAUGAAGGAUCAACCAGUCAUGUUGACAACAAACCAGCUGCUCUACUUGGGCAGUUUGCUGGUUUUUUGGCUGGGAAAGAAGGCGUGACACAACAAGAUAUUCCAGGAUAUCACCACCAAGAAGAUGAUUGGUGAAGGUUUUUUUCUAAACGGCCUUUACUAUCUUUUCCAGCA